AUGGGAGCAGCCGUCCAAGAUAUUGUGUACGCUUUUCUGGAAACGUAUUACCAGAGGAUGAAAAAAGAUCCCUCCAAGGUCUCCUCUUUGUACUCUGCGACUGCGGAAUUGACACAUAUCAAUUAUCAGAUAGAUUUCGACACAAGCUCAGAUAUUUUACCCACAAUAAAGCUUACAGGGAAGGAGAACAUCAGCAAGUUUUUUACGAGGAACAAUAAAAAGGUUAGCGAUUUGAAAGCAAAGAUUGACACUUGCGAUUUUCAAACAGCUUCGCACUCGGGCAUCCUGAUCUUGACUACUGGUGAAAUCUUUUGGUCAGGGACUCCGGCUUAUAGGUUUUGUCAAACGAUCGUUCUGCAACCAAAUACAGACAACAAAAAUGCGUACGACAUUACGAAUGAUGUUAUUCGCUUCAUACCCGACAACUGGGUGGCUGUUCCGUCCCCAAAUGAGGGCAGCUCGAAGUCAAAAGAAUCAAAACAACCUCCAGAAUCACCAGUAAUCAACGGUAAGGCGGCAGUGGAAGAGAGAGGCCAACAUGAAGGCGUGAAAGCAGAAAAUGAACCGGAGCUCAAAGCUAGAAAAUCUGAGGCUAAAAGCAAGGGAGAAGCUGAUUUCAAAGAGUCUACACCACUCGAUCAAACAAUAAGCAACGAGCUCAAAAGUAAUAGCAGAACAGAAGAAGACAUAAGCGAACUAAAACCCAUCAAUAAGAGCGAGAAGGCAGUGGCAACGGAAGAGACUGAUAUUUCUGAGAAGGAAACGUUACAGAAAGAUGAAAGCGACCACGAGGCACCGUCCACGAUGGAUAAACAGAAGGAGCCUGACGCUCCAGCACAAAACAAAGCAAGACCUCCUGCGCGUAUGAGCUGGGCUUCUAAAUUGGCUGCCAGUAGCGACUACAUUAAAACAGCGCCGCCAGUUACCUCAUCACAGAACGGGCCUGCCAAACCAGAUCUGCAGGUACCCAGCAACAAGAAGAUACCAGAAAGCAAAACUGACCUAUCCAGUCAUAGAGAGCUCUCUGCAACAAAGCCAGUGAAAAAGAAACCUCAGUUCAGCACCGUCAACAAGGACGGCUUCUAUCCGAUUUAUAUCAAAGGAACCGCCGGCAUCAAGGAAGAGAAGCUAAAGAAGGCCUUGGAGAGCGAGUUCGGCACUAUCAUGAAGAUGACGACCGCUGACAGCUUUGCCGUGGUCGAUUUUGAGACACAGCGGAGCCAAGUUGAAGCUCUCGAUAGAAAACAACUCAUGGUUGGAGAUACAGAAGUUUACCUAAGCCGAAAGACUGUAAAGAAAACCACAGGGUCGCCACCAGCGGGAUCCUCAAACGGCUCCCGCUCACACAAGAAGCAUCCUAACAAAAAACGGGACUAG